GUGCUCUUUUUAAAAGCGCGCGUCGCUACAACCCGUUACAGUAAUAUCUGGCCGCUAUUAAUUUUGCACCACAACGCUACGGUUGAUGAGCUCUCAACCGAGCUCAGCUAAAAUAAUUAACAAUGUCUCGAUUAUUGUGGUUUUGUCCUCAUCAUUAUUUUCAGCUAAAGCGCACUUUAUUAUAUUAGACUACAGGGUUAUUUCCAAUGCAAACAAUUAAUUUAAAACCAUCACUUUCAUUAGACAAUUUGAUUAAAAACAAACAUCUGAUUGUAUCAUUACUUAACGACUUUUACAAACAGUGUAGUAGUUUACGUUCUACGCGACAGACGCACACAGCUCAUCUAUCGAUAAUAACAACUUGUUUGAAAACAGUUCAAAAUGAGAAAACUGAAUCUCACUCCGUUAAAGUAUCUUUUGAUCAUAGAGAAUUUGACGUGUGUGUUCAGAAAUUAUUUGUGUCUAAGAAAAUGCACGCGUUGUCUCGUUACCAUCUGGGUAGUUUUCGAAACGGGUCACAUGUUCUUUAAUGUUUACUACAAUAUCGUGCACGGACAAAAUGCAGAAUUAAAAGCUCAGCGGAUAUAUUUCUUCUCUUCAACAGCAUUCUCCAUAUACGUCAUGACAUCCUCGUUAUAUUUCUCGAAAAGAUUUUACAAACUGCUCUCAAAUUUUGACGAAUUUUACAAUAUUUUCGAAGAUGAUGUUUACAAUAAAAAAAUGAAAAGAGCACAAAAAGUUAUGAUAUGGAUGGUGGUUUUAUUUUGUGGUAUAAAAUUAUUAGUCUUUUAUAUAAUGCAAGUAAAGUCAGAGGAUUUGGAAAAUGGAUUGGUUUCUAACACUGUAUCGGAGUACAGCGUCACCGUGAAUGAUUUUCGCUACAUAUUCCAGUAUUUUAUAUUGGAUUGUAUUUUGUUGAUUGUGGCCGAGCAGCUGCGAGCUAUCUCGCGAUCAAUAGACAGCGAGUUGUCCACUAUGAUGGAAAAUCAGAGGAAUGUCGGACACGUGGAAGGACUGCCUCGUGUUGUGUUAAAUUACGAGAAGAUAAACAAAUGGGCGCAAGCAUACGAGAGUAUUAACGAGAGCACACACUUGUGCAACUCAAUGUUCAGUGUACAGUUGACUAUCAUGCUGUUGAUAGUGACCGCGUAUUACAUAAUAUUGUUGUAUUCCAUUGCUAUCAUAACCGUCGAGGGUGUUCACACGGUGAAGACGCUGGUGAUGAACCUGUUCUCGAUGUCAGUGUUCCUGCUGGCGCUGCUGGUGAUAUCCCGCGCUGGACAGAAGAUACAGAACAGUUCACAACAGCUGCGACAGAGAUUGUGCGAGCUCUGUGUGCAUACGCUUGGAAAUGAAGAAUACUACAAACUAGCGAAAGAUCUGCUCCGCUGCGUGCGCACGCGGCCCGUCCGGAUCCACGUGUUCGGCACUUUGGACGUCAACAUGUCAAUGCUACCUUCCAUCGUCGUCUUAUUUACUUCCUACACAGUUAUAGCACUGCAGUUCAAUAAUGUAUUGUAA